UUGGCGCUUCGUCUACGGUCACACCGCUAACAUUUCAUCAAAAUUGCAGGUUUAAUUUCGCUUUUGACUGCAUUAUUAAGUUUUGGUCGAAAUACUAGGUUCUUAGGCGAAGCUAAAUCCGCUCCCCGCAGUUGUGUUUAUUUUCGCCCGAUUGCACUGAAAGAAAAACUGGUUGACCUUCGGCAGCAUGGAGCGUCGUCGCUUUAACAUGAGCAGCAUGUCACCCAUGGCGGAUUCCACGCGGAUCGACGCGUCGUUGAUAGGCAACCGCCCGUCGCCAACCAGUUUCCUGAGAGGAUUAAAUUCCAAGGGCGGAAACCCUACGCACAAUGGCACCCGCACCCCAGAAAGAUCUUCGAUGAACCUUACGGCUGCAUCACCCAGCAGCAUUUCGCGACAAAAACUGAACAUCAGUCAGUUGGAUCCCAGAACCUUUGCUGAUGUGCACAGUAGUGGAUUGGCGUCCCGGAUAGUGGCCUAUCAUGAGAGCAGUCUUGGUGGACAUGGUGGCCUGCAGCGCAGCAUGUCCGCCAGCAAUCUGUACAAUCCAUUGGCGCAGCCGCGCAGGGCGCCUGUCUCCCCGCUGCCGUACAAAUCGAGGGUGCCGGCGCUUUCGAUAACCCAGAUUGCACCACCUGAGCGCAGUUUUUAUUCUGGUAAUACGCUGCCCAGCUUGCUGCGCUCCAACUCUCUGGCUGGAGUCGUGAAGAAGACCAGCGAGCAGGAGCAGCUGUCGCGGGAGAAUCGACCCAUCCUGCACCCGCCGCAUCCACAGCAUGAGAGUGAACCAACCAGGAGCGUGCUGGAGGAGCUAAAGGAAAUCUCGCGGAAGCGCAUUAACAGUGGCGAUCCCCAACCGCACGACUUUACGAAAAGGAGUUGCCAACGAGGUGUGGACUACGUGGACCAUCAACGUCACCAACAACAGCUGCAGCAUCAGCAGAAUCAGUCCUUUAAAAGGCAGCGGGAGCUGACCGUAUCUGUUCCCCUUAGGCAUCAUUCAACAUCGCUGGCUGCUGCUCUGCCUGCAUUACAACAUAUGCACUCCAAUGGCAGCAUUUCGCCCACACAGUCGCCGGAGCAACGGGCCAAGCGGCCGAAUUGCAGCUACAACAAUGACAUCGCCUCCUCCCUGAGCUCCAGUCGGCUCCACACUAACAAGCGAAAGCUAUUUGACAUGCGGCAGAGUUUUCAGCGCAGCAAAAACGAGUCCACGGCGAAUGGAAGCUCGCCGGAUAGCUCGCCCGGCGAAAAUGUCGCUAAAAUUCAGCGUAAAGUUGAUGCUAACUCCGUGAGCAGGACUCUCAGCUUGCCCGUUUCAAAUGUGCCGUCAGUGCCUCCUCCGCGAACCAUUUCAGCACCUCCCAUGAAGAGUACAGAUCAAGGCUCUGCAGAAGUACCGCCAGCGCCGGAGAAACCGAAACUCACCCUCUUUAAUGCUCGACAAUCGCAAACGAAGUCGGAUAAGCCGCAUCGCGAUCUAAAUAGCCCCGAGGUGGAUGCCGGAGAAUACGCAGGAAUUCAGUUUGUAAAGCCCAAGCAGCAGAGCUCCAUAUUGGGCGUUAGAAAUCCCAGCGUGGAGCGCACACAUAAGACAAAACUGGCCAUCAUGCUGAGUGGCUUGAAGGGUGAACUUUACCAGGGUGAGCCGGACGAGCCAGAUGCCCCAGCGCCAGCUGCCGUGACCCUUCCAACACCAAUCAAACCCACCAUUGCACAGCCGGUGACCACAACCACAACGACGGCAACUUCCACCGCAACGGUGACCACUACAGCACCCAUGAAGCCGAUAAUUCUCAGUAACGAGGUGAUAAAGCCAGCCGAAACGAAAACUUCUAAUGCCACCAACCCAGAGCCCAAACUGGUGUUUGGACAGACAGUGGCACCCACUUCCACCGAAGGAGCUGCACCAAAAACCACUGACAAAGCAGCUGCAACACCUCCAGGAAUUCCCGCCAAGUUUGAAUUACCAUCAGCCAAUCCUUUAGCGCCAGCAACACCAUCUCAGCCAUUGAUUACAUUCGGCACACCAAAAUCCACAGCUGCACCUACACUAACGUUGGGAACUGUAACUACUACUAGUAGCACCAAUGCCGCUUCCUCGAAACCCAUAUUCUCGUUCGGACAAACUCCUAGCAAUGGACCAACAGUCGGCGUUGCCCCAAGAAUCAAAUCGGACAACCCCACAACCACAGUGGCAACUACAAUUAACUCAGGAACGCCGGCCACAAAUACAACCACUUUUGGGAUGACCGUAACAACGACGACUGCAGCUUCCGCGUCUACAACAAUGACAACGCCAGCGAUCAGUUUUGGCAAGCCGAUUUCAUCAGAGGCGGGGAACUCCACCAACAAAAAUCCAGCCACCGCAACAAUAUCACCCUUUGGAACGGCACCAGCCGCCACCAGCAGUUCGAUGACUCUAGCCGGGAGCAAUCCAAUUUUUUCCUUUGGACAAGCGGGCAACGCAAGCACAGGAACUCCGGCGAGCAGCGAAAGUGGAACAGCUGCUGCCAAGCCAGCUGUAUUCAGUUUUGGCAGCACCACCACUCAACCAGCAGGAUCUGCAUCUGCUCCAGCAUUUGGUAGUCUACCUCAACCCAGUAGCAACUCAUUUGGCAGCGUUUUCGGCCAACCCGCACAGCCUACCAAACCUGAGCCAACUAAGCCAGGUAUCUUUGGAAAUCCGGACAACAGCAUUGCAAGCGCAUUUAAGUUACCCACAGAUGCUGCAGCAGCCACCACCGCCAAGCCACCCAAGCCGUUUGGGUUUACAGCAACUACAACCGAGGCAGGUGGAACUCCGGCCGCCACGAAUCUCUUUACAUUUGGAGGAGCUGCAGCCGCAAAGCCGGCGGAACCAACUCAAACCAGCACGCCAAGCAAUCUCUUUGGUCAGAGUGCAGCCACAGCCACUCCGUUCGCCUUUGGAGCAGGAUCAUCAUCAGCAGCAGCAACAGCGGAUGGAAACAAGGACAACAAAUCCAUAUUUUCUUUUGGAGGAGCAGCAGGAGCAGACAGCAGCUCGGCAGCCAAGCCCAAUUCGGUGUUUAGCUUCGGUGGCUCGGACAAGAGUGCACCUCCGCCGGCCUUUGGAAGCGGAGCACCAUCGGUUACAUCAACUGCAACAGCAACUCCUACAAACAACGCAUUCGGAUUCAACACUGCUCAGAAGCCCGCAACACCAAUGUUCGGCAGUGGAUCAGCCCAACAGACUGCGGCUCCUGCAGUGUCAGCCGCCAAACCCUUUGCAUUUGGUGGUUCGCAACAGGCGGCUGCUCCGACAGCUUCGCCCGCCGCAGGGGGAUUCUCAUUUGCCGCGGCGGCAGCCAAAAACAAUUCGGAUCCAAAUGCCACAAAUCUUUUUGGCAGUCCCGCCGCUGCCGCCGCCAACAAACCGAGCUUUAACUUUGGCGGCAGCACCGCCAAUCAGGCAGGAGCCGCAUCACCAGGUGGCUUCUCUUUUGCAGCCGCCAGCAAAAAGAGCACGGCGGCCAAUAAUAUGUUUGGAGCUCCCAACACGGGAGUUGUUAAGCCGAGUUUUAAUUUUUCAAGCAACAACUCUGCAACACAACCAGCAGCUCCUGCUCAAGCGCAGAGCUUUGGAGGAUUCGGAGUACCGUCAGCAGCAGCUCCGCCUGCAGCAGCAAGUCAAAACAAACCCUUUGCAUUUGGAGCCAGCACACCAGCACAGGCUCCCAGCGCUGCUCCCAUGGGCGGCAAUCUGUUCGCCAGUGCGGUGGCCGCCACCCAAAACCAACCGAAGCCAGGAGUCUUCUCAUUCGGAGCGGCUAAGAACACAGCAAGCACUACGGCUGGAAAUGCUCCGUUCGCUUUCGGAGGAGCAGCUGCCGGCGGCAUCGCUUCGCCACCGAGCAACCAGGGCAUGAACACAGCCAAGCCCUUCACCUUUGGUGGCGGUGGAGGCAAUCCGGCGCCGAAUGUCUUCGGCAGUCCAGCUCCUGCGCCGGCAGCUACCAAUCCGGCCGGAGCCUUUAAUUUCGGCUCCAGUCCGGCGCAGCAGGCGAACGCCGGAAAUAUGUUCGCUCCACCGCCCAGCACGCCGGAGAAUCGACCAAUGCGCAAAGCCGCCCGGCGGCUCCUGAAAUAAGUUGGCAUCCCUAAAAGUGUUGUAAAUCAUUAUUAUUUUUUCUAGUUAAAUUUUUCCCCCGGACAUUUAAUGGAUUAAAAAUAGGAGUUGGUUAUCUGAACUGUAAUAUAUAAAUCUAUCGACUCUG